AUUCGAGUGGUUGCGAGCUUGCGAGUCGAGUUCUGAAAAUUAUUUUCAACAGAACAACGUCGAAUACACGCGAGUUUACGUUGCAGUGAAAAUUUUCGUAUUCAGCGGGAAAAAAUGUGCUCAAUCCAGUCAAAAAGUAGUGAAAAUUGUUGCUGAAGCUCCAACGCAAAGGCAAUACACCAUUAUAGGCACAGCCGUAUUAGCAUAACAAGUUAAUUGAAAAAUAUUUCAGUGAUAGUGAGAAGAAGACAAUUAGUGCUAGAAACCCGCCAGUAGGGGUAAUUCCCACUAGGCUCGGGGAAUACGUAUUCAGAAGAGUAGUAAUUGAGUGAGUUUAGCGGGUUCGUUUACUGUGUGCUAGUGAAAAAUAUCAGAAAACAAAACACCGUAAUUACGUCAGAGCAAUCUAACAACCAUGGCCGCUGAAAUGAGCCAGGCAGCUGUGAAUCGGCGAGCCAAGGAAAUUGAGACGGAAUACCUCUCCAGCUUGGCAGAUCUGAACGUCAACAGUAAACCGUUAAUUAAUAUGUUGACCAUCCUGGCGGAAGAGAACCUGGAUUACGCUCCGAUUAUAGUGAAUGCCGUCGAAAAGCAUCUGGCUAAGGUGCAACCAGAAUUCAAGUUACCCAUCCUGUACUUGGUUGAUUCCAUUGUAAAAAACGUUGGAAAACAGUAUCAGCAGCUAUUCAGCCAGGUGAUUGUAAAUAUGUUCUGCGGAGUGUUCGAAACGGUGAGUUCGCAUAUCAUCAAAUUGCCUUCAAAAAUGUUCGCCUCUAAUGACUUGGUGGUCGUUUCUCAGGUGAAUGAGAAAGUCCGUGAAAAGAUGUUCAGUCUACGGCAGACGUGGAAUGAAGUUUUUCCACAGUCCAAGCUAUACGCCCUGGACAUCAAGAUCAACUCGAUCGAUCCCGGUUGGCCCAUCACAGCGCAGUUGAAAACGUCAAAAUCUCCAGCCAUCCAUGUGAAUCCUAUGUUCCUUAAAAAUCAGAUUCCAGAUCCGAAUCUCGAUAUGCAACAGCAGCUUCGCGACAAACAACGUGAACUACUCGAGCUUCAAGCCAAAAAGCUUGAGCUGGAGUUGAUUGCUACAAAAAAACGUAUCGAAGAACAAGAAAAGCUGUUGGUUGUACAAACGGCCAGUGUUACAAAAGAGCCUACGGCGGAUUUGAAGCGCCCCGCUCCCACCGUUGGAUCGUCUGCAGUUCCUCCACCACGGGGCCGUAUCGUUCCUCCGAAUGCUGCGAUGAUCAACCUAGCCAAAUCGCGUGAUCCACGGUUGGCACGGCAGCAGGCUCAACUAGCAGCACAGUUGGUAGCGGCCAGCACAAAUUCUACCCCCACAAUGGUAGGAGGCACUCAGAUUCAGCCGCACAAUCCGAUUGUCCUCGAUCAAUCCGGCAAACCAGUCAGUAUACGGGAACGUUUGGGAAGAAUACCCAAACGAACGGAUCCGCGUGUUAAAGCUACGGGAGCUGAGGCUGAUCGAAAGAAACCGAGCAGUACAGUCACUAGCAACACCACUUCCGUCGGCAAUGCAUCAUCGCCAUCGCACAAGUCUCGUAGCGAGUACGACACUUCCAAGAAGCGCGAUAAGAAGGAUGAGAUGUCCCCCAAAUCCGGUAAAAACUCGUCCUCAAAAUCAUCAACUUCGGACCGAAAGAAAUCUGCGUCCGAAACGUCUUCACCGAAAAGCAGUUCACCGCUUAAAAAGAAGACAUCAUCCUCAUCGGAAAAAUCACCUUCUCGAAGUGAGAAGACCUCUCCGAAGUUACGAGAAGGUAAAAUUAGCAAAAGCGGCAAAUCUUCUCGGCGAUCUGGUGACACUGCCAAAAGUUCGGAGGAUUCCUCCGUUUCACCAUCGUCCAGCAGCGAAAAUUUGAUACCCGUUGCCAAUGAGUCCAAGGAUGUCGAUCUACGAAUGUUGAUACCAGAGAAAAAGCUGAAGCUCGAUCAGCAGCAGCCCGCACAUCAUCAACAGGCAAAAUUAGUUAGCAAACCUCUGCCAGAUCAAAAGAAAGCCCUGGGCGAAUCUGUAGCUACAGACAACGUACCUCCACCAUUGGCAGCCGCUUCCAAGGACAUCGAUCUCCGUAUCCCCCCUCCGGCUUUGAUGAAGGAUCUCUCCGAUAGCACUUCUGGAUCACCGUUGUCGUCAUCGGCGGCGGGAAUAUCAGUGGCAGCUUGCGUCGUCACCAGCAGCGCAGGUGAAGAAGUUGGAACCGCGGCGGAUCCUGUCGCUACGGUUACGGCAGCUAGCAGCACAGUUGUAGCGACAGAAACGUUGAAGAAGCGUCAGAGCAACAGCAAGCUGGACGAACCAGUGAGCAAGAAGAGCAAGUCGGAGAAAAUUGAUAUAUUGUUUGGCAGCGAGGAUGUUGAUCUCAGAAAAUUGGCGGGACCGAUGAAUCCCAUAGAACCAAUUACACCUCUUCCGCCCCCACCUCCUAUAAUUUCGGAGGCAACGGGACCUACACCCACCACCUCUCUUCAGGUUGAUCCUCUGGAGAAACAGCAUAACGCUCCUUCAUCUAAGGCAGCCCUGGAUGCGGUCAGGGCAAAGCUAGCUGAAGCCAGUAAGAGUAAAGAUCGCGACAAAUUGGGACGCCCUCUAUUGUACAACAAACUGUCAGAUGAUCCGGUUGAAAGACGUCGUUCGUUGAAUGAACCCAAAGCGAUGGACGUAGAUUUACGUCAACAGCAGCCUCAGUUCCAGAGCCCGGAUCCAUUUGGCGAUGAUAACUCCCAUGAUGGAAUGAAUGCCAACAUCAAAACCAUCGUUGCCCAAGCCCAGGAACAAAUGGAGAAAGGAGAAAUCACUCCAGAACAGUACAAUAUUCUGAUGAAGCAAGUGAUACAGCUGAAUGAGACCCAAAAGAUUCGACAAGCUCAACGUAUGGAACUGAUGAAGCGGAACCAACAACCACCGAUAGGUCCAAUGCUUCCGGACGAUAAUGCGAAUUCGCAUACUGGCGAAGAAAUGAACAAUUUCAGUCCCAACAUCAAUAAUGAUGGCGAGUUGAAGUCUAAUCUUUCAACGGGUCCCCCACUGAUCAACGAUUUCCGCGGCAAAAUUACACCAAUGGACUCGAAACCGCAAAUGGAACCACAGUUUGCCAACACUGGCGGGCCUGGCGAUAUGAGAAUUCGAGACCCGCGUCGUCAACACGACCCCCGGUUCAAUCCACAAUGGGGUAUGCGCGGACCAAUGCCCGGCAACAAUCUAAUGCCAGGGGUACCUGGCCCACCGAUGAUGAACCAACGGCCGGGGCCAGGACCUAUGAUGAAUCCUUGGGAUAAAACUCCCUUCUCGGGAAUGAAUCAAAACAUCGGACCACCACCAAUCGGACCGCGGUUCCCACCAGUUAUCAUGAAUAAUAAUGGACCUUCCGUUAACAACUUGCUCAUGCCUGGAGUUCCCAACCAUGGCGACAGUGUCCGAACCAUCAACAUUGACGGUAUUCAACGGGAAAUACGUUUCUACGAUGAUAUUGCUGUAAUCUUCAUGAGCUGGGACGAACCGAAAGAAAUCGGUUUCCAGAAAGGCUCCCGAAUGGUUGUCGUCGAUGAUCGCGAUUCCUUUGAGCUUAGUUUUAAUGAUUGUUACAAAGCCAUAACCAUUGAAAGCAAGGUUUACCAAAUGAAGCUGGGCGCUCCUACCAGAGAAUUGUACAUAGAUGACCGAUGGUAUGAAUGCUACUUCGGCGAUCCACCGACGACAAUCGUACUGGAUGGAAUUAACCGGGUUUUCAAAAUCAGCGGGCCCCCACCACAGGUGAAGAUUGGUAACAGCCGAAAUGAUCUAGUCGCUGGUAAAAUUAACAUGAUCGUCAAUGCAGAGGUCAUUAUUCCGGUCUUCCUUGACUCCCAAAUUCAAAGUUUCGAAAUAUAUGGUCAAAUGCACCGAUUGCAAUUUGCCGACUUCCUACUAACUGUAAUCAUCGAUGAUCAACCUUUUCCAGUAGAAUAUGGUGGCUUACCGAAGGUGUUUAAACUCAGGGGAAAAGAUUUUUAUAUUCGGUUUACCGCUGUACCAAAGUUGGUAGUUCCUGGACGGGUUUAUGUAAGAGAUAUGAUCCGAACGCCACUCCAUCGCGAUCUCCGAACUCCGCCAAGAGACCAAAGUCUUCUAAUACCGUUUGUUCAGUCAAUGAGCAAUAUUAUGCCGCCAAUUCCACCCUCAGUGCCUUCGUUAUUCCCAGCAGCAGCAUCUGUCAUUCAACAGAAACCGUCAGUUCCCACCCAUCCUACGGGCACUGGUUUGGAUUACCUCACGAACCUGAUGCCUCAUUCUACAACAAAAGCAAACAUUUCAAACAACUUGGCUGGAUACCAAAUUCAAGCUGAAGACAAACCGACCCAACCUUCCGUUACCGUACCUACAAGCGCAGCAGCAAAAUCCGCCACAAGUAGUGGAUUGAACGUGCCAAUUCUCCAGAAUCUCAACAUCGACGAACUUUACGCAAAGAUAGUUGCUGCUGGUAUUAUCGGCAAAACCACCACCACCCCAUCAGUUACGACAGCUCCAUCCGCAUCCACCACCGCUUCUUCAACUGCUUCCAAACUGGAAAAAGCGCUCGAAGAAGAGCUGGAGGAAAUUGAACCGGUGUUCCUCAACAAACCGGACACUUUGAAACGGCGACAGUCCGCUAUCGUGGCGCAGCUUUUCCUCGGAAUGCAAUGCAGCAGCUGUGGAGUUAGAUUUCCACCGGAACAAACCAUGAAGUAUAGCCAACACCUGGACUGGCACUUCCGGCAGAACCGACGCGAUCGAGACUCGGCUCGUAAAGCGCAUUCGCGCAAGUGGUACUACGAUGUGUCCGAUUGGAUCCAAUAUGAGGAGAUUGAAGAUUUGGAGGAACGCGAGAAGAACUGGUUCGAAGCGCAACAGACAGACCAACUGGAAUUCAACGGCGAUGGAGAAAUAGGGAGCAGUCGACCUGGGGCAGAGACGCCCCCACCUAGUUGUCCGGCUGGAUCGGACGAAUCGAGCAAACGGUGCCACAUGUGCCAUGAUGAUUUCCAACAGUUCUAUAAUGAAGAAACGGAAGAGUGGCACCUGAAGAAUGCGAUACGUGUGGAGGAUUGCACGUAUCAUCCUCUUUGCUACGAAGACUACAAAGCAUCACUAACGUUAGAUGAAACAGCCAUGAAUGCGACUAACGAGGAGGGAGAAGAUAGCAAGACUGAUGAUUUGAUUGAGGUGAAACGAGAGGUGAUCAGCGAUGGUGACUCCACUAAGGAAAUAACUAUCGACGACGACGAUGAUGUCAUUGUUCUGCCCCCGACGGAGGAAGUUGUAACGGAAAUACCAGACGACGAUGACAUUGAAACGUUGGACUCACAUUCAACGGCGGAUGAGGCCCGAGCUGUAUCCGUCGCUGCGGUGGACGACGAAAAUAGCAAACUGGAAACCGAGUCUCUCCAACAGCCUGAACCACAGGAGCCGAAAAUUAUCGAAACACGUAUCGACGACGACAUCGCCAUUCAGGAGCCCACGAUCGAACGGAUCGACGUCAAUGAUUUAGAUGAUAGUGAAGCUCACGUGAAAUCGAAACCGACAGUGGACGAGAAGUCGCAGAUGUCGGUGAAGGUGAAAGAAGAACCGAAGGACGACGACGAGAUGGAUGAAGAGGAUGAAUUAUUCGAAGAUGUGGGUACGAUUGAGUCAUCGAUGGUGGAGAGCAGCGCAAAGGAAACAGACACGGUUGACUUGGAAGCCAUAGACUCGCCGUCGCCUCCGCUAGAGAGCACCAGCCAGGUUCAACUUAUGCCGUUGAUAGACGGGAACGUGGAGCUGCAGGACAACCUCACGACAGGUGUCAUCACGAACCGAAUUAAAAUCAAUAUCACGAAGGCAAAAACCACGGCGACUACCAGCAGCAGUGCUACCACAAGCAGCAGCAGUAACAUGGGCGGUGGCGGAUCCAGCAUUGCCGUUCUGAUCAGCGGUGGUGGCGGAAGCGGAGCAACAAUGAACUACGAGAACAGCAAUGACGAACUACUGUACAGUAAUUUAGAUGACAUUCAUGGCGUCCACAACGAGAACAGUCAGAGUAACAGUAGCAGUAUGAUGAUGAAGAUGCAUGAAGAAGAAGAACAAGAACAAAAUGCUAAUAAUAAAGGCCCGGUCACACCGACCAAUGAAGAAACGACUGAUAUUGAUUAUGACUUGAAACCGAGUCUGCGGGACAUUGUGUUUACCCGACAGCCUCGUGUAGAGAACGGUUUCGAAACGUCCGGUCUCUGCUCUAUAAUGUAAUUAAAGUGCACACACAAAGAACUUGAACUUUAAGACACUGUACUUGAAGAACGAAACUAGUGCGAAAAAACAGAAAUGUGAUAUUAGGUCAUUUCCCCCAGAGAGGCAGGCCCAAGGCGCCAUUCAGCGCGGGUAAAUGGCUUAUUUUAUAUUUAGAAAAGUUAAUAAGCUAUUAGUCAUCUAAGUAAGUACACUAGAACCGUAAUGAACUGUUUCAUUUAUGAAAAAAAAAGUUCAAGAGUACUAUCAUCAAACACACAAAAAAGAAACGAACUAAAAAUCACAUUUUUACCCUAAGUUAGGAAUUGUGGGCCGCCUUGGCUCUAGGUUUAAGUUUUGUAGUUUUGAAGAAAUAUGAGAGCGAAAUAAAUGGAAUCAUAUCCUGCCCUCCCCCUGUCGACCCUCCCAGAAGUCUAUCCCGCCAGCUAUAAGAACGGCGAAGUCGGACUAAAUAUCUGCAACGAGGAAAGUGCAAAGGACAUUUGCAAUAAAACAAUGAAUUUCACGUUUGCUUUGUAGUGUGUCUUGUAGAAAGAAAUUUUGCUAUAAUUUAAUGCGUUGAUGAAGAAAAAAAAACGCUAGUAUUAUUAUGUUUUGUUUAAACUUAUCCUGAUUUUUUGUACAUAUUCAUAUUAGGCAAAUAUUACUGAAUUAUUUCCUUUGAAGAAUCAUGAGUUUUUCUCUCUAAUGAAUAGAAAACUUUCAACAUUCACAACUCGGUUGGCGAAACACGGACGACGACUAAGGACGGUGUUUGAAUCAUUAAAAGUUUUCAAAAUAAACUUGAAUAUAAACAGUAAUCGCUAGUUUUCUUGUAGAUAAUAUAUUGGUGAUUAAUGGGAUGAAGUGAAAUAAAGUAUUCUUUGAGAACAAACAAUAACCCUAAAAUAGUGUCUAUUCUGUUCCCGUGGUAUGACUUCUGUUAUAAUUGCAAAAUAAAAUAGAAUUAGUGUGGCUUGUGUGGUGUUUUGACGAGUUAUCAAUAAAUAGUUCGAUCAAUA